AUGGUUUCAUUCCUUAAAACAUGUAUUUUUAAUAUAAUAUUCAUUUUAUAUAUAAAUGAAAACGUAAUAUAUUCAAAAAAAAAUGAAUAUCAAAAUGAAACUAUUAUUAAAAAUAUCAAAAAUGAAAAUAAAAAUAUAAAUAAAAAUGUAAAUGAUAAUGAUAAUAUCAAUCAGUUAAAAUCCAUGAUUGGAAAUAAUGAUCUACAUAAAAAUUUAAAAAUAUUAGAAAAAUUAAUUCUAGAAUCUUUAGAAAAAGAUAAAUUAAGAUAUCCUGUCAUUAAAGAAGACACAGAACAAUUAUUAGAUAUAUCGAAAUUUAAAAAAAAAUAUAUUAUAGAUAAGAAUGAAGAAUACUACGUCAUACCUACUCUUCAAUCAACGUUUCAUGAUAUUGUAAAAUAUGAAUAUUAUAUGAAAGGACAAUUAAUAGAAGUUUAUAAUUCUAAUAUCUCAGAUAUAAUAAAAAAAAAAUUAUUUAUUGUAAGAACCUUGAAAACUAUAAAAUUAAUGCUUAUACCAUUAAAUUAUUACAAACAAAAUAAUGAUUUAAAAAUUGCUCUCGAAGAAUUAAAUAAUGUAUUUAUAUCAAAAAAUGUUGAAGAGAAAUCAAUUAAUCCAAUAAUUGACGACGAGACAUUUUUUAGUAAUUUGAUAAACGAUGUUAGUGAAAUUAAAAAAAAUAAAGAGAUAGAAAAUAAAGGCGAAACACUUAUACUAGGAGAUAAUAAAAUAGAUGUAAU